AUGAAUCGUAUCGUUAUAGUUAUACGUUAUCGAACAGCAACACAUGUUGGUUUAACUUCAUCGUUUACUCAAAAUUUUGUUCAAGUUGUUUAUAUACCGAUUAAUAAACGGUAUAUUCAAAAACCUUAUAAAUCCUGUGAAGACAUCAAUCAUUUAUUUGAAACAUUUAAAUUAUCAAAUAAUUUUGCAUAUCAACAAUAUCCAAUACGCAUGUCAUCACUUUCAUCAUCUCAAUUAUUAAAUCCAAAUUCCAAACAAUUAUCAAAUGAAGAUUUAUCGAAGGAAACUUUUGAUGAUAAUAAUGAAAUUUCCACAUUAAUUAAUUUACUUAUUUUACGUGUUGAAUGUUUAUCAAAUAAAAAUACAUUAAUUGAAAAGAAAAAACAAACAAAAAUUUAUCCAACAAUUAAACAAAUUGAUCAAAAUUUAACUGAAUAUCUUUAUUAUUUAUUUAAUAAAUUCACAAAAGACGAUCCCGAUAUAUGUACAUCAAUGAUUGAUAAAACAAAUUUUGUUAAUGUUUGUCAAACAUUAGUACGUAAUGGUUGUUUUAAUAUACCAUCAUCAACAUCACCUGAGCAAUCAUUAUCAGAAUCGACAUUAACAAAUAAUAAUGAGCUAACAUUGACUCAAACAUGUCUACGUGAGUAUAGGACCGAUGUCGAUGAUUUAAUAAUAGAUAAAUCAACAGCUACAGAAGAAACAUCAUCUAUAUCAAUGAAUGAUCAAGAUACUUGGCUUAUUGUUGAUUUAGAACCAAUUAAACCACAAUAUUCUACAACAAUACCUGAUGAAUCAAAGUGUUUAUUACCAACAUCAACGUCCGAUGAUCAAUUACUAUUAGCAAAUGAAAAUUAUUUUUCAUUCGAAGAAAUUAAAUCAUCUUGUGGAUCUGAAUCUUCACAAAGUAACUAUUAUUCACCAAAUUCGUCCUUAGUUGAUUUACAAAAUAUGGUGCAAGAAUACGAUGAAAUCAAUAACAAUCAUAAUAAUAAUAAUAAUAAUAAUAAUAACAAUCUAUUAUUCCAUGAAGAUGGAUCAUCAUCGCCAUCAAUUGAUCAUACUUCAAAUAAUCCUAAUGUCAUUCUAGAAGAAAAAGAUAAUACAAGCAAUAAUGACAUUUGUACAGGAUUAACUAAUGAUAAUAGUAAUAGUAGUAAUGAACAAGUAGUAUCAUCGUCAUUGUCAUCAUUAUCAUCAUCAAUGGAGACAACUGAUCAAAUGACAAUGAAUUUAAAUGCAAAAAAAUUUCGACGUGAAAAAAAAAUGCAAGAACGUUGGACAGUUACAACGAAAAAUGAUGAUAAUCAAAGCAAUGGACAAUCAACAACUAAAGCUUUUUUAGGUGUUGAAUUUCCACCAAUUGCUGUACUUAGACGAAAAUUUUCAAUUUUACCACCUCAACCAACAAUAUUAAAUCCAUUACCUAUCAAAAGAAAAGAUAGUUCUUCUCUUAAAACAAAAAUACAAUUAAAUAAUCCUUCACAAGACAAUAUUGACACGAUAAAUAAUCAAAUUUCAUCAACACAAUUAAAUCCUUCAAUAUCACUAAACAAUCAGGAGAUCAAUACAUCAACGCCGCCAUCAACGACAACAGUACCUAUUAUCGACAAAACAAAAUGUACCGAACUAGAUGAUAUACAAUUAAAUGAUGUUUCAUCAAUAAUAAAUCAAGAAGAUAAUAAUAAUACUAUUCAACAAUCAUCAUCAAUACAUCAUGCAAUAUUAUUAAAAACUGAUAUGACAAUAGAAAAUAAAGACGAACUAUGUCCAACAAUAUUAAAUAAAAAUGAAAAAGAAUUAAUGAAAAAUAUUAAUAAUGAUAUAGGUCAAGAGAAAAAUAAUAAUUCUAUAGUUAUACCUGAUGUAUGUACUUCAAAUUCAACAGUUUCUUCUUCUUCUUCUACAUCAUCUUCGAUGAUAAAUUCAAAUGAAAUAAAGCCUAAUGAGUUAUUAUUAAAAGAAAUAGAAGAAGAAGAAAAAAAAGAUGAAGAAGAAGAACAACAACAAGAAGCAUAUUAUCACAACGACAACGUUGAUAUAGAACAAGAGAACAACACUAAUGUUGAACCCGAUUAUCACGCGUCGGGAAUAUUAUUAACAAACGACGAGCCGAUACAAACACUCGUAUUAGAACAAGAAGAAAAAGAACAACCAUCAAUACCGUUACUAACACCAGACCAAUGUAAUCAGCAACAACCUGAAGAUAAAUGUCCAAUGGAGAUUUUAUCAAAUAAUUUAGAAAAAAUGAUAAAGGUCAAUAUUGAUGAUACUGAACAACGAUACAAAACAAUUGAAAUUGAAGAAAUACCCGAUGAAGAAGAAACUCUAUUAACACAAAAUAAUCAUUUAAUUGAACCAACUGAUUAUAUUCUUACCGAUGAUGAACUUAAAACAUCUCGACAAAUAAAUACGACAGCUACUACUAAUGAUAAUCCUUUAAAAUAUGAUACGGUUUUAUCAUGUUAUGAAAAAAUUCUCUCAAAAGUUGUUGAUACAAUUGAUGAUUCAACAAAAGUUUCUGAUAUACCACUAUUGAAAGAACCACAAAUAUCACCAAUAUCAGAACGUAUUCGACGUCCUGAAGAUGAUCCUAUUGCUUUACGUGCAUUACAACGUUUUGAACAGCGUAUGAAUGCUGCUGUUGCUGCUAAAACUACUAAUGAUGAUGUAAAUACAUUAUCUGGUCGAGGUAAAUCAUCAUGGUCAGGUACAGGUUCAACACCACGAAAAUCAGCAGAAAAUUUAUUUAAAAAUUAUCCACAAGUAACAUCUAUGACUGUUCCAACUAAUGAAGAAACAACAACAACAACAACAAAAUCAAUAUCACCACGUCAUCGUGAUACUUUUAUUCGACCACGAAAAUCAAUGCUUGAUGAAGUGGGUCUUAGUUUUGGUAUGUCAAUGAACUUAUACAAUACAGUUUCAAGCAAUACAAUCAAUGAUCAUAAUGAUAAAUCAGAAGAGCAACAGCAGCCAAUAGCUAUGGCAGAAUAUGACGAUAAACGAAUUAUUGCAGACGAGCUAACGAAGAAUAUUGACUCGGAAGAUUAUCAACGAGAACAACAAACCUUGAUACUUAAUUCAUCAUCAAUGGCAAAUGAAAGUGGUACAAGUAAUGAACUAGAAGAUUCGAAUGAAUCUGCUCUUCAAGUAUUGGAUCAAUCAUCAACAAAUGAUUCAACUAAUACAAUUGUAUCACAAUCAUUAUCAUCAAUAUCUGCUGAACAACAAUCACUGACACCUUAUCGUCAUCAACUCGAAAGUCGUCGUCGUCUAAAUACAUUAGAACGUAUUCGUGAAUAUCGUCAAAGUCAAGAAUACGAUGAUUCAGCACAACAAGAACAGUUUCAAAAUGAAUAUACUAUUAGACCAGAUGAUCUACAAGAUCCAAUUAUUCGUCGUGCACUUGAACGAUUUGAUGAAAAGAGUCGUUCAUUGUCUCAAUCAAGACCUACGAAUUAUGAUGAUAUACAAGAUCCUAUUACACGACGUGCAUUAAUGAGACUUGAAACAAAUUUAAAACGAAAUACACCAUUCAAUCCUACAUCAACAAGUAAUGAUACAAAUGACGCAUGCUAUACAAAUAGUUAUACACUUGGUUCAUUACAAACAGCUAAUGAUAAUCGUUUAGCACGUUAUCCUGAUACAUCAUUAUCUUCAUUAGCAAAUCCCAAAGGAUCACAUGUAUCUGCACAUCAACGCUUUUGUUCAACAUCAUCAUCAUCAUCUGAUGUACCAGAAAUAUAUGUAAAUAAUCUUAGUACAAAUAAUGAACAAGAUAUACCAACAAUGCGUGUACCAACACAACCAGUUUAUGUUACAUCAAAUCAACAACAACAACCACAACAAUCGAUUAAUGCUCGUCAACGUUCACGUUCUGAAGAUAUGCUUUCAUCAAGAGAUCUUUCUAUUGGUCAAGUAACUAAUCUUGAUAUUAAUGAUACAUCUCAAUUACAACGAAAUCAUUCAUCCAAUGAACUACCACCACAAGAACUAGCAAUACAAAAUGAUUUUAGUUUAAAUGAACUUGCUAUGCAAUUACCAAACACAAUAAUUAAAACUAUUGAUCCAAAUUUUGCUCGAACACAAGAAGCAUCAGUUAAUUAUGCAACACCAACACAAACAUAUUCAGCAUAUAGUUGUGAAUAUGUACGUCCACAUCGAACUCAAUCAAUGGAACCAACUCGGCUAGAAUAUUCUCCUAGAAAUUUUCAACAACAACCAAUACAACAAGAAAAUGUCAGUCAAUAUUCUACUCCAUCAUCAUCAUCUGCAUUUGUACCUGUUCAUCCUUCAACAAAUAAUAGUUAUUAUCCUCAACAAUCAUUACCUAUACCAUCGUAUAAUUCAAUGUACACAUCAAAUAAUCUUAAUCAAGCACCUUAUUCUGAUGAUCCAAUUGUUCGACGAGCACUUGAACGUUUUAAUUCACAAAUGCAAAAUAGUCUUAUGAGUACGUCUCAACAUCAACAAAAUGCCAAUCCUAUACCGCGUCAAUUUUCAAGUGAAUAUUUACGUCAAGGAAGUCAUGAACCAUUUUAUCCAGCUGAUUCUCAACAAUAUGACACAUAUACAAAUUUUAAUCGUGCUACAAUACCAGCAAACAAUAUAAAUUCUGGUUAUCAAUCAAUAAUUGGACGUCGUCGACAAAUGCGUAACGAUGAUAUUUAUCAUGAUAACACAAAUAUUGGUAGUGGUUAUGUAACUUCCUUAUUUGUUAAUCCUCAAAAUCAAAAUGCAUAUUCAGGUACAAAUACUUAUGUGAAUUUUUCAGAUGAACCACCGGCAAUUCCACCACGUGGACAACGUGAUCUUUAUCAGGAUCAACAAGAAUAUCAAUCGGAUAAUAUUAAUAAUAAUAACAAUAAUAACAACAACAACAACAAUAAUAAUAAUGGAUAUAUUCAUUAUGGAUAUUCAUCAACAUCAAAUGGUUUUCGACCACCAAAUCAUCAUUUUAUGCCAUCAGAUUCUUUUCAUCAAUAUCAAGAAGAUGAUUAUUUACGUCAUCGUGCACAAUCAACAUCAAGUACAACAUCAUCAGAUAGUGUUAAUCAAAUACGAUUAAUACAACAACGUUUACCUCCAGCAUCUCCGCGAAACAAUAUACAAUUAAAUAAAAAAGUAUCACCUGAUAAUUCGCAAUUACCAUCAGGUCGAACAACACCGAGUAAUGGUAGUCAAACAGGUGAUUCUGUAUUUCAUCGUCUUCCUACUACAACACCAACAGCAACAACAACAACAACGAAUAAAGCUAAAACUUCAUUAUCGAAAUCAAAUUCAAAUUUAUGUGCAAAUUUAAUUAAUAAAACUUCUCAACAACAACAACAACAACAACAACGAAAUAAACUAAAUAAUUUAAAAACACAAGAUAUUGAUUAUGAAGAUACAAUAACCCUUGAAACUAAUCAAGGAUCAUUAUCAACAGCAGCAAAUAAUUCAAGUAAAUGUCAACGUUCAAGAUCUGUUGAUGGUCGUGCACGAUUAAAAAAUGCUCAAAAUCGUAUGCAUAAUGUAAAUCGUCCAACACAUGAUUAUGAUGAUCAUAGUACACCAACAACAGUUCCAGCAUCGAAAUUCACAUCAGUUCAUUCUCGUCAUCCUACUCAACCACCACGUGUUCCAUCUACACCUCGUUAUACGAAUUCAGAUCGAUCAACAACUUCAACCACAACAGCAGCAAAACGUAUACCUAAUGGACAUCAUCCAACAAAUACAAAAAAUACGAAUGGAAUUCGAACACGAAAUGGAAAUGGAAGUAUAGUUGAUACAGAAAAUGAUGAAAAUAUGACAAUUAGUGAUAAUUAUCAACCAAAAAUAAUUGAUAAUAAAACCCGAACAUUAAUUCCUGUUCAUCGAUACCCAACAAAUAAUAAUAUUCAAACAUCAGCAUCAACAUCAUCAGUAACAAAUACAAUGUCACGUACAAAAGUACCAGUAUCAACAGCAGCAAAUCUUUAUCGACGAGAUUUAAAUGCAUCUGGAACUGAUCUUAAUAGAUCAUCCAAACGUUCUGAUGAUCAUCGUCUUCUUUCUCCACCUGGUCAACGCCGACAUAUUCCUGUAUCAGUUUUUGCACCAGCUAAACAUGAUAAUAAACGUCUUAUAUCUGGUCCAUCAUCAUCAACUAGUCCAAUAAAUGAUUCUACAUUAACAUAUAAUUGUGAAUCUCAGCAAGAACUCGAACAACAACAACAAACAACAAACUUAUCACGUUCACCAACAAGUGAUAGUAAUUAUACACUUAUAAAUAAUGAAAAUGAGUUGAAUAAAAAACUUUCGUCAACAAAUUCAACUCUUAAAACAUCAACAGAAAAUAUUUUGAAUGAACUUUCAUUUCCCAACGAUAAACAUGAUACAAACAAAAAAAUGAACGUUUUUGAAAGACUUUUUCGUGGUCAUAAAAAAAAAGUUUAA